GUAUGAAUAGCGCCUUCUCGGAGAGAAGCUGCAUGUUCUAGUUUCGUUGCCGGCCGCAAAAAUCAAGGUGCCGCAGACAGGACCAGACCGAGUGCUGGGUGCUGCAACUCUUGUAGUCUAGGUGUUGCCACGACCCCCCACUCGAUUACUCGCAAGACCACUCCUCUCUACCACACCAUUGAGCUACUCCUCUCUACCACACCGUUCAGCUCUUCCCCCAGCAGUGUGUUACCCGGAGUUUGCCUGAACCUCGUGCCCAAUCCCCUCUGGCUUUUGCAGUUCUCUGGCUUUUGCAGUUUUCUUUUCACCUCCCUCUCCUCUCCCCGCCUCCUUGCUCCGGUCACUUCCUUCUCAUCUUCAUUUUGUCGUCUUCGGUUCGCACACAAAGCCACCUCACACUUACCAUGGAAUCCAAGUCGCACUUUGAGGACUCGCCGAGGGGAAGCGACGACGAGUCAGGCAUGACACUGCUUGGCGAACAGCUCAAGGCGGCGCCAGUGAGGAGGUCAAUCUUCCAGCGCGCCCUGAAAGGCGCUGUCGUUGCCGCGGCUCUCGUCUGCGCCGUCUCCGUCCUCUACACGGCUGUUGCGAUCCGCCGGCUGUCAUCGCUAUCGGCCGUUGACUUUGGCGACUGCGGCGAAAGCCGGACCGUCGAGGAGGCUCGCGCCAUGGGCUGCAAGUUCGACCCCAUGAGCUGGAUCUGGGUGCGCCCCGAGUGCUACGACGCGGAGUUGAUUGCCGACUUUAUGAACAAGACCGACUUUUCGUGGCACACCGAGCCCAAGUUGACGCCCGAGUCCAAGGUCCCCAUGGAUAUCAUCUUCCGCGGCGACCACCCCAAGCUCUUCACGCAAAAGAACUACCAUUCCGUCCACUGCACAGUGAGUUACAUGAUGAAGAAGAUGCACAAGGCCAUCCUUGAACACAGGCCCAUUGACACGUAUCUGAUGGACUGGGUGCACACGAACCACUGCGAGAUGGUGCUGCUAAACGACUGGAUGCACGAAGACACCCCCUGCACGCCUGAAAUGGUGUGCCCGACUUGGGUGAGGGCGACGUGGACGGCCUGCAAGAGGUACUAAGCCUGAGGCAUGUCUCCAUGCAUCCGAGAUCACAACGCAUCAGGGUGUCGCGUUUCCAGGUCUAGUCUGUUGGAUCAAAUUAUGGCAAGUCGAUCCAUGUAUUGCUUACCGAACCUAGACAAUACAAGAACCGUUCCACGAGAUCAUAUCCCACGUAUCAUAUGUGGAAAUGGCAACUGGGGAGGAGCUAAGCAGGUACCUACAUACCUUAAUUGCCUUACCUUA